AUUAUAGAUUCCUCUUUAUCACCGUAAGUUAAAUUAAUUAUAAACAGAAAACAUUCAAAAUGUCAAAUAACCCAAGAAACCACUCAGUGUUUGAUAUUGAAGCAGGCAAGAAAUUCACUAAAGCAGGAUUUAUGAAGACAUGGGAGGCAUUUCCACUAGCCAUCACUCUGAGUUCAGCGAUGUUUGGGAUGGCCGCUUUCAUUGCUUGGCAAUGCAAUACCAGGGAUAUUCAGGUGAACAGACGGAGGAAACCGAUCAACGAAAGAGUCGACUUACUGAACCCACGCACCCUCAAGCUGAGGAUAGUGGAGCAUGGUCCUGAGCCUGUGCCCGAGCUACACUCUAUCUACCGACAGAUGGAGGAGGAGAGAAGACGCAGAAUGGAGGAGAUGGAGGCCAUGAGACGACGACAGGCCAAGAGGAAGGCCAACUAACCGUAGAGUAAAGCCACGCUGGUCCCUUUGGUCAAAUUGUCGUUACAAGAUGCGAAUAACCAUUAAAUUGUUUUACCAACCUUA